UCAGCAGUGGGUCGGCGGCGGGACCCCCAACUGCGGAACGGGAGCACUCCACGGUGAUUCGGGAUUUUAUACAUAAGAUCUGGUAGCUUUGCGAAACGGGGACAGGGAUGUUACACUUUACACCGCAAAAUCUGUCCACACUCGAGAGCUGUGAGUUCUUGCAUCGCUUCAUCAAAGAACGCUCAACGUGUUCAUCCGUUCUUGUGAAUGACAAAGGCCACAGACAGACUGCAAAGCUGCGACAGUCUCAUGCUCGCGGUGGUUCCGGUAUUUGGACGCUGCCUAGGGUAAAUGGCGGUACUUUGUCGGCAUCCUGGCGUCUAGUGCCCAAGCUCCCAAGGUGUGUGGGCUCACGACCUCACCGCGGAAACGUCGACACGAAGCGGUCGGCCACAGGACCGGGAAUAAAAAGAAGCAAAAAUCAAAGAGUCCACAAAGCAAGGGUACUGCAGCCUGGUCCACUCUGCCUUGUUGCCCACGGCAAGCGGGCCAAUAGCGGCACAUCAAGUGGGGUAGCCACCCCUGACGCCUCCAUCGACGUCCCCAUGAUCCCCCGCCAGGUUGGCAACUUCACAGCAUUCUGCCUCUUGGUAGCAUUGGAGCAACCUCCACAACUCGCUAUUCCGCGUUCAAUAUUCACUGUAACUGUGUGUGCUGAGAGUGCUCGCGUCUGCCAUAACGCAUGCAGAACUGGAUCACUGUCGCUCAUUGCCUCUUUGGGCAGAAAGUCAAGGAAAUCACUCUUUGACCAGGAGAACAGCGCUAACUGGGCAAAAAACACCAUUUGUGCAUGUUCAGCCGCAAUCUUGAGAUGGUUUCUCCUGGGGCGCUGGAGGAGAAAGCGGAGAGGGUCGGAGGAAGUCGUGGAGGCGAACGGGUGUCUCCUUGCUACGAGAUACGGCGAGGAGUCAGUGGUUUCAAUGUUCUGUUACCGCUAUCCUAUGUCUCAGCCCACCAGACGAAAGGCAUGCCUCGGAGGUUGCGAGAAGACUACAAAACGGUACGGAGAAGACCGAGACGGUGCUGGGAAGAUUGAGUGUGUCUGGUAGGUGUGCCCCAUGCUCAUCCCAAGAUGCUGAUGUAGCCCGUCUUGGGACUCGAAGGCUCACUACGGUCCAUUUUUGAAAAAAAAUCUAAUCUCUCAGCUACUACACUACC